AUGGCAAAAUAUUUUGCUAUGGAGACUGUUGACAAAACUUUAAGAGAUUUCAUGAACAAUAUUGAACUUUUUGGGGGGGAAAUAGUUGUGUUUGGAGAUGAUCUUCGACAGGUAUUACUGAUUGUACCUAAAGGAACAAGAGAAGAGACUGUAUAUGCAAGUUUAGUAAGAUCAUAUUUAGUUGCAAAUGGAGAAGAGCCAACAAUAGAUGAAGACAAUAUAGAGAUACCCAAAGAAAUGGUCAUAAAGCAUGAUGCGAACAAUGAUUGUGAAAUGAUGAUAGAGAUGUUUCCCCGACAAGGCCAAUUAUAUAAUAGCUACGAUGAGGCAGUCGAUGAUACAAACAAAUACUAUCAAGAAGAAUUUCUCAACACGCUACAACUGAAUGGCUUAUCUCCCCACAGACUAGAACUCGGAGUGAAUUGUCCAAUCAUUCUACUAAGAAAUCUAGACGCAUCCAAUGGAUUAUGCAAUGGCACAAGAAUGACGAAACAAAAGAAAGGGAAAAAACUUAUACAAAAAACGUGGUCUACAAAGAAGUAUUGUUGCAGUAAAGUUUUACUUCUCUGUGACGGUUUCUUGUCCUUAAUCGACUCUCUUUUGUCUCACCAUGUUAAGAAAUUGACCUUUCUUAAGGGAGUUUAUGCCAUUUCUAAGAGAAUUCAAACCGGUGAAGCAGAUUAUACUGAUUUAUUUACAAAUAAUAGGCAGUUCAGAUUCAGCGGACGACCUUCAGGCCAGCUGAGAAGUAUUACUCUUGAACAGACGCAGAGUGAACCAGAAGUAAGGGCAUGGAAUCAGAAUUGUGCACCUCAACCGUUAAUGCUCAAGCUAAUAAAUUAA